ACAUUAGGCAUUGAUAGAUGACAGGUCAAAUCAAUUUUUGUGAUUCUUAUCGCGUAAAUUUUUCAUAAAAUUGGAGGUAUUGGGGGACUCUAAAUCAUACGUAUAAUUCAAUGAAUUUUUAUCAAUAUGGAGUUAAUCGCUGCGCCAAAUCCUCAUUUCAUUCCAGGAUACACUGGAUUUUGUCCACAAUACAAAUACAGAAUUGGUGAUACAUAUGCUACCACAACUCACAAAGUCUUACUGGACCCUACAGUUCAUCAUGCCGAAAAACUUGUUCUUUCCGAUAGAACAGCAGAUGACUAUAAAACUUUUAGACCAGCGGUGAGGGAUAUAGAUAUAGUAAAUGAGAGACAAGGAGAUACAAUUUAUAAACAUCCUAUGGUUCCGGGAUAUGAAGGAUUCGUUCCCAGAGAACAUGCAAAAUUUGGACAAAGAUACACCGUACAAGCUACAGAAGCGUUAUCCGAUUUUGAAAAAUUGCAAUUCGAUCGACAAACUGCUAUGAAUCAAAUUGUAAAGUUCGGGUACAUACAAGACAAUAAAUGGGAUCCUAAGACUUUAGAAGAUAAAGAGCUGACACAAAGUGAGUUUAAACUUCCUCUGAUAGAAGUGAGGCCAGAAUGCGGAGGCCUACUAAGGAAUAUACCAAUGACAGAACCACCAAUCACACCACCGAAUCAUUCGCAAAGUCCUUACUUUUCGGAUAAUAUGGACCCAGAAAAAUAUUUAAAAUCAGGAUUUACUGGUCACUUGCCCUUCGGAUAUGCGGCAUUCGGAAAAACCAACGAAGCCAUGACGAACAGCGCCCUUUGUGACUUUACCUCGAACUACCGCAAAAGAUUGAGCAACGAAUGGGCUCCAGUAGAAAUUGAUCGUCCAGACCCUCCAGUGUUAGUUCAACCAUCUGAAAUCUAUCACAGGCAUAUUGGACAACUUCCAAACUAUGGUGGACAUAUUCCUGGUGCAAUAUUUAGAUACGGAAAAACAUACGGAAACGAUUCAAGAGACGCAAAGAGAUGGCUUAGAGGAGAUUUUGGAAAUUAGUUCAUCACAUUCAUGGCAUUUUGAGAUAAAAUUCAAAGAAAAGUGUGUCUGUGUAAUAUAAAAAGCGCCCUAAAACGUAAAAAUAUAAUAUAUUUCAAAUAUCAA